AUGGCCUCAGCUCAAAACAUCAUCAAGUGCGCCGUCCUUUCUACAGGUCGCAGGAUAUCUUACAGUAUCGCAAGAAACUCACAAGAUGGCCUGUGGAUUGUCCUAUCCAACAGUUUCGGCGCUGACACCACGCUGUAUCAGCCUGUUGCCCAGCGACUCGCUUCAUCAGGCUACCGCGUCCUAAGCUACGACCAUCCCGGCCACGGCCAAAGCACUCCCGUGAAAGAAUUCGAUAAUGUCGAGAUGGAAGAACUGAUCAACGACAUCGACGAACUCCUUCGCGUGUUGCACAUCGACAGCAUCCGCGUUUGGGUCGGCGUCUCACUUGGUGCAGCCAGCGGUAUCUACCUAGCCUGCCGUCACCCAAAGUUGAUCCAAAAUCUUGCAUACUGCGCAUGCCCUCCUUCGUCUUUCGGCGCUCUCGGCAUAAUGCCACUUGAAGUCUUUGACAAGAUGCGCGCCCAGGCUGAAGCAGAUGGGACUACUGCGAAUGUCAUUCGGCAAAUGCACUAUGGCUGGGCGAGCAAAGAGUGGCUUGAUGAACACCCAGACCAAGAUGAACGGCUCAAACUUGCUAGUUCAACUCUGAGUCUCGAUGGCUUGCGUGCGAUGAUGACGUUGCAGAAGAAUAAGCGGUUUGAUAUGCGGCCGCUCGUACCUCAGCUUUUGGAAAGCUGUGAGGAGGUAAUGUUUGUGAAAGGAGACCACGAUGCUCAUCUCAACCCUUUAGUGGAUAUGAUGAGAGAUUUGGUAGUCAAGACUGCGCGAGAGAAGGGUAUCAGGGGUGAUGUCAAGAUUGUUACCGUGCCGGACUCGGGCCACGUAAUGUACUUGGAGAACGAGAGCUAUUUUGUUGAUGUUAUCAAGGAGUUCAUUUCUUAG